UAUUUCCUUUUUUUCUCACACUUGCAACGAAAGAGAAUUCGUAAGCAAAAUCAAUCAUCAUGGCUGAUGCUCAAGGAGGUGAAGAACAAGUUCGCAAGAAGAGAACUUUCAGAAAAUUUACAUACAGAGGAGUUGAUUUGGACCAAUUAUUGGAUAUGCCAAAUGAACAAUUGUCAGAAUUGAUGCAUAGUCGUGCUCGCCGUCGUUUCGCUAGAGGACUUAAAAGAAAGCCAAUGGCUUUGAUCCAGAAAUUAAGAAAGGCAAAGAAAGAGGCACCACCAUUAGAAAAACCAGCUAUUGUCAAGACACAUUUGAGAGACAUGAUCAUUAUGCCAGAAAUGGUUGGAUCAAUUGUUGGUAUCUACAACGGCAAAACAUUCAAUCAAGUUGAAAUCAAGCCCGAAAUGAUUGGACACUAUCUUGGUGAUUUCUCACUCUCAUAUAAGCCAGUCAAGCACGGUAGACCCGGUAUUGGUGCAACUCACAGUUCUCGUUUUAUUCCAUUAAAGUAAAUUCUGAACUGGAUUUUGAUUAUGAAAUAAUAAUAACGAAAAAUAAAAAGCUAUUGUAUUGCUCACAUACAAGAAACACAAUCUUGAGCUAAUGCAAAGAUCUCAUGUUUUGUUACUCCUCUCAUUCCUAAAUAAGCAUAAAUUGUGUAUUCUUUUCAGGAAAAAGUGUUUAAAGAUUGAAUUCAAUUUAUCAAGUUGACUUGUGUUCACUUCGGGAAAAAAAAGUUGCUGGAUACACAAACUCAUUUCUGGUUACUCUUGUGAAGUAUGUAAUCUCA